UAUUUGUCGGGAUCUGGACCAGUCACAGCCUCCAUUCUCUCUCUCCCUCUGCCAGCUGCACCAACACGGAGCGCUGUUUUUCUGUUCUUUUUUUUUUCCUGCAGCUGAGUGUGACGAGACAGAAACAGACGAAUGCAUGCAUCAGCGCUGCAGCCCACGAACCGACGUGCUGCUCACAUGUGAGGGCAUCGCAGGCCGGUUGAAGGAGGACUUGGUGCCACCCUAAUUGAACGCUGAACACGUGCCUCCGACUGUGUGACGAGAGCCAUGACGGCCAUAAACGCACCACGAGACAAAUACAAUGCAGUCUGGAUCAUCUUUUUCAUCCUGGGCUUGGGAACCCUCUUACCGUGGAAUUUCUUCAUGACGGCAACAAUGUACUUCACCGAAAGACUGAAAGACCCGCCCUCCGACAUCGCCACCAAUCAGACGAGUAACACGACUUUGGAAGGCGCCGACACUCGCAACGUGUUGGAAUCGAAAUUCAACAACGUGAUGACGCUGUGCGCCAUGGUGCCUCUGCUGAUCUUCACCUGCCUCAACUCCUUCAUCCACCAGAGGAUUCCUCAGAAGCUGCGAAUUUCGGGCAGCUUGACGGUGAUCUUUGUGGUCUUCCUGGUGACAGCGGUGCUCGUCAAAGUGGACGUGGCCCCGCUGCCCUUCUUCACCAUCACCAUGAUCAAAAUCGUCUGCAUCAACUCGUUCGGGGCGAUUCUUCAGGGCAGUCUGUUCGGGCUGGCAGGGAUUCUACCCGCCUCCUACACCACUCCCAUCAUGAGCGGACAGGGCCUGGCCGGCGCCUUCGCUGCUUUCUCCAUGAUCUGCGCUCUGGCCUCUGGAUCCAGACUUCAGGACAGUGCUUUUGGUUAUUUCAUCACAGCCUGUGCUGUUAUUCUCCUGGCUAUAAGUUCCUACGUCAUUCUGCCCAAGAUGGAGUUCUUCCGGUACUACAUAGAGAGUAAUGGAUCCAGACCAUCUGCUGAUGAGGAGAACAAGAUGGAUUUACUUAAAAAAGAAAGUGCAGAGAAGCGACCAGUGGUGAAUCUGAUGGAGGAUGAGGCCAAACCCAGCGUGUCCGUGUUCAACAUCUUCAAACAGAUCUGGGUGAUGGCUUUGUCAGUGUGCUUCAUCUUCACCGUCACCAUCGGAACUUUCCCAGCCGUCACCGUAGAGGUCAAGUCCACAGUAGCAAACGGAGGCGCCUGGGACACUUACUUCAUCCCUGUGUCAUGUUUCCUUCUCUUCAACCUGAUGGACUGGGCUGGCAGGAGUCUGACGGCCCUCUGCAUGUGGCCGGGUAAAGACAGCAUCUGGCUUCCUGUCCUGGUGGGUCUGCGGGUCGUCUUCAUCCCUCUCUUCAUGCUCUGCAACGUUCAGCCUCGCCACCUCCUCCCGGUGUGGUUUCAUCACGACGCCUGGUACAUCGUCUUCAUGAUCUUCUUCUCCUUCUCCAACGGAUACCUGGCCAGCCUCUGCAUGUGCUUCGGCCCCAAGAAGGUGGCUCAGCACGAGGCAGAGACGGCGGGCGCCAUCAUGGCCUUCUUCCUAUCCCUCGGCUUGGCGCUCGGAGCCGCCGUCUCCUUCGCUUUCCGGGCCAUGAUCUAAAGCAUCCCGUAGAACCUUCAGUAGACGUAGAUUCGACCUCCACACCCUCCGACAACCUCCUCCGACAUACCAGAGAGGAGCCAGAACAGCCGACCAGAAGAAUGGGGAACUUCAGUCUUCCACAAAUUUUAUUUUCCUACAAACUCAGCAGCACGAGGCGUCAACUUGUGCUUCUCCUGUUUGCCGGGGAUGCUGUUAAUCGAUCAGACAGCUUGAUUGAGUGCAGAUCAAAACCAAAAGUGUUAAGUCAGUCGUAAUGCAAGAGAGAGCAAUAAUUAUUCAAGGUGUGUUUAACGAAGACGACCAGAGAGUUACAGCCUCAUUCAUAAAAUGUCUUCCUCACAAAAUUCUACUAAAUAGUAACGUUAGAUAGCAAUAACGCUUUUAUCACUAAAGUGCUUACCUUUCUUUGGAGCCAUCAAAUUCUUAGACUCCUAUAAAACAUUUUUGUAAAUAGUCUAAAACACAUUUUUAUAAAUUAGGCUUUUAAAUGCCGCCGUUUGAGUUUAAUUUGAACGCUGUGAUCGUUAAGUGUUUUUUUUUUUUGCACAUCAGACAUGAAACGCGAAUCGCUCUGGACUGCUGCAGGUUUUUUAAUCUGAUUAAGCCAAAUACACAAAGACAACGUGGGAAAAAGAUGAACUUUGAAGGGAAGUCAUGACCCAUCAGACGGCCAACAAAGCGCCCCGCCGCCCCUCUCUGCUUUCACUGUUUUCAUCGGGGUUUUUUUUCAACCUUCUUUGUAACAAAUGGAAGAAGGUAAGGAUGGACUGAAUCCUAAAGACGAAGUUUUAAUCUGUAAACUGUCUGGAAACCUUCCUGCUGAAUCUUCAUGGUCUUAGCGAGCGUUUGUAGUUUUAGUUGAAGUUGUUUGCUUCUGUUUGUCUGAAAACUUCCUGUUCUGCUUCAGUUUGACUCCAACAUCGAGUCGUAUUGUCUGUGGAGGUUUUAGACCACAUGUGAAGUGUUUUCUUUUACUGAUGCUGCGUUUUCCUGAUAAACAUGAUGGAUUUUGCAAGCAUGUAUUUUGAAGGCAACGUAAAUAUGCAAAAAUAUGGAAAAAAGCAGCUGUCAAUGAAAUGAAAUGUGCCAUUGAGAGUGAGUUUUUAAAACCUCAUUCUGUGACUUCAGAAUGAUUUUCUCAAGUUUUAUACCAGGAUCAGUUUUAGGAUGUCUUUGAGUUCACUGUGUAGAUAACAGGCCUGUCAGUGUUAUGUUUUUGUUUAUUUGCAUUGUUGUGGCCUUUUGAUGCUUUUUGUUUUUUAAAGUCUGCUUUAAAUGGACACAUUUUUCAUACCAGUAGCUGUUUACAUCCUAACAGCCUGCUGAUUUUAAAGCACAACGUUGGUCUGUUCUUCUGUACUUUGUGUUUUGGUUCAUAUGGGACAUUCACCGUUAAAAUGUUACUUCAAACUAAAACAGUUCUGGGAUACAAAUAAAUGUGUAUUUUUAAGA